CCCAUCCGCAGUUCUUUGCUGCAAAACCGGUCAGUCAGGUUUCCUUGUUGCCCGUUCACUCAAUUUCCAUAUGCGUAUAUCUAAUGUGACCCCCGCCCCAGAACCCACAGGAUUGCUCCCGAAGGAAUGAAGUAAUAUGGGAAAUGAAACUUGCUGCCGAUGUCUCCUGUGGCAAGGUGUGUCGGAAAGAGACAACCUGCUCAAUGACACAGGUGUGUGGUAUGCGAAGGGAGGCGUCAUGUCAUCCAACCGAUCCAGUCCAGGAUAGAUGCUUUACUGGAGUCAGUUCAUCUUUCCCUGAAGUUCCAGACUCGCUGUGAGCUUUUGGUAGCGAUGGCAUCUUCCCUGAAAAGCAUUUCAAUCACUUACGAUGCAAUAAACGAGAAUAACACCUUCACCGGCGGAGACGUGGUCUCGGGGCGUGUUGCUGUAGUGCUCGCCAAGGAAUCAAAGAUCAAGACGCUCUUGGUGAAAGCCAGGGGGAAAGGUAAGGUCCAGUGGAUUGAGACCCAUGACCAGAACACACUGUACCAGGCCAAGGAGAAAUACCUCAAGCUGGAUGACAUCAUCAUUAGUGGCCAGAAGGGAAAAGAGGUUGUCCUUGCCGCUGGGAGCCAUGUAUUCCCGUUUACAUUUCAGAUUCCCCAAGGGAACAUGCCAUCUUCCUUUAAAGGAGCUCAUGGAAAAGUGGAGUACAAGCUGGAAGCAAAGCUUAGCAGGUGUUGGAGGAUCCCAAGUAAAUCAGUGUCCAUGUUCACCUUUGUAUCGAAGCCAGAGAUGAGUGUGGCUCAGCUGAUGUCUCCCCAGUGCGACAUGGUCAGGAAGGAUUUUUUCCUCUCUGGGAGUGUUUCCAUGAACGCCACCGUGAGCCGGAUGGGUUACAUGCAAGGUGAAAGGUUAAAGGUGACAGUGGAAAUCGACAACAGCUCCUCCCAUAAACUGGUGCCCAGGUUCUCAGUGAGUCAGAAGCAGAGCUUCUUUGCUGGCGGGUUGAGAACCUCUCAGAAGGAGGUGGUCCUGAAGGAGGCUGGAAAGCCCAUUGCCUCCAGAACGUGGCAGACCCUGACCCAGGAGCUGAGCAUCCCUCACGACCUGCCUGUGUCCAUCCUGAACUGCAGGAUCCUCAGAGUGGAGUACAAGCUGCAGGUCUUGCUGGGUGUUCCUUGGGGCAGAAGCCCAGAGAUCAAAUUCCCUUUGGUAGUUUUUCCCGCUGAAUCUCUCCGUGAUUCGAUGCCCCCUUCCGACGUACCUGAACCAUGGUGGGCAGUUGGCCACAAAAAUCAGGAACCUUCCCAGCCUGCCUCUGGGCCGCCGGCGCCUCACGCUGCCCCUGGCGAAUCUGCAGCAGGUGCUGCUACCCUCUACGUCUGUCCUCCCCCAUCUGCACUCUGGCCCUGUCUGUCACCACCCCCCCCCUAUUCUGCCGUAAGCCGCUUGUCCCCCCAAUCUCACCCAGCAGCACCUCCACCAUAUUCUGCUCUGGAACAGUAUGUAGCUCAAACUCACCCUGGAAUGCCCCCCCUCUACCCUGCACUGGGGCAGCUGCCAGCCCGAGCUACCCCAGGUGCAAACACUGUGGGCAAUUCCCCGCGAGACCGUGGAGAGGAAGCCUCCCACUAGCAUGCUGGGGGGGUUCAGUACGUCUCUGCCACGGCCAUGUGCCUCCAGCAUUUGCAGUUUUCUGGUGUACAGUGUGUACAGUGUGUGCAGUGUGUACAGUUGAAAAUCUCAGUGACUAAAGGAUGAAUUAAUGUGGCCCUUCUGAGGUUUCCUCUAAGUUCUCCGGUUUCUCCCCCACUGUCCAAAAACAUACUGAGGCUAACUGGAGUUACCAAACUGCCCUUAGGUGUGACUGUGUGAGUGACUGCUGUGUGAGUGUGCCCUGCGAUGGGUAGGUGCCCCAUCCUGGGUUGUUCCCUGCCUCGUGCCCAUUGCUUCCAGGAUAGGCUCUGGACCCCCCCACAACCCUGAAUAGGAGGAGCGGCUUUAGAAAAUGGAUGGAUGGACGUCGCCUUUCAAAGUUACUCAGACGGACUGUUAGCGGAGCCUUUUGCCCUCCCUCCGUUAGACAUGUUAGACCCACUGACUCUAAGGACCGCUGCUCUGUUUGACUCCUUGCUAGAUCUGUAGGCUUUUCACACACUGCAUCAUAAACGCGAUGGUCCUUCAUCAUACAACACAGCAGUUUACAGGAAAAGCCCCCCAGAAAGGAAUUAAACCACCCAAUGCGGUCCGCAACUUCAGUUUCUUUAGGCAGUUUACAUUCACAUUUUAUUUAUUUUACCCACAGCGACGUACGUUUAUGACAGCAGACGGCCCCUGAACCAGGCAUUUCGCUAAAAGGCUUUUGCCAGAAGUGGGAUUCGAACCCACGCCUCCAAUCAGAGACCAGAACACCCAUUGCAAUGGAAGGUUGCAAACCUUGAGUCUGGCGCCUUAGACCACUCGGCCAUCCUGACAACUGCAGAGGGUUUGUCACCCAUAACAGGAAGUAUCGUAGGGUUAGGGUCAGCCAUCAGGCAUGGGGGGGAUUAUUAGUACAUCCUUACUGAAAGUGCUACAUCAUGACAACGCAAGAUGUUAUUUUUAAUGUGUUCCCUAAAUAUUGGCCGUUAAUGGUUUUAUAAGUGAACGGCCACUUUAUUAUGGUCAGCGGUCACACUGUGACCCGCAUGAGGGCCUGUUCAUGAAAGCAGAAGCUCUUCUGACAGAUGUCGCGUUUCUGGGCGCGAAAUGAACGUUAUGCCGCUUAACCGCUCUGUUCGCUCUCUGGGGUCCGAGCAACAGUUUUCAGCAGCAUGUUGACGUUCCUCUUUUGUUUUUGUGCUCUGACCUAAUUAACGUCGGUACUGGGAAACCGCGGAACUCCGCCAGAAAUCUUGCCCGCUACCCUCCAUCAAUCGCCUCCUCCUCUCUCGCUCCUCAUCCAAAGCUGCUCUUCAACCGAGCUGAGAAUGAUCAUUUAAUUCCACGCGUCUGUGUGUGGCCUCCAUUCCUGCUGCCGCUGUGCUGUUCGUAUCCUAAUCAAGGAUCAUUUAUACCCAUUUCUGAAGGAAAAUGUUUACCGAUGGGAUGUACUGAGGGCAGCGAUGUCACAUGCUUGUGCUUACUGCUCUGACAUUACCAUGGCGAUUGAUAGCCAGCUACAGACCACAAAAAAAUCCUGCGAUAACCCAGUUGUAAUGAUUACAUUGUUAAGAAUAAAUAGAGUCAGCUGGUGGAUUUGGGGCCUUUCGGGAGACAUGUGGCACAUGCCUCUGAUUGGGACACUUCUACUCAUGUUUGUGGUGUUGCCAGUUUCGCUUAUAUGCAUUUUUACUUUAAAGUAAAUAUUUUCUUGCUGUAAUUGAGUUCAGUUAAAUUCAAAUUUAUUUAUAUAACACAUUUUCAAAACAUUACAUUGUCUCAAAGAACUUUACAUUGUCCCCCUGCCCAAAGCCCCCAGAGAGCAAGCCAGAAGCUACAUUAUCGCACGACAAAAAGUAUACUAUAGCCUCUGCAGACAUGAACCAACAACCUACGGGUUACAAGGUUGUAUCCUUAAGUACCACUUUACCCCAAAGUGAAACCUUUUGUGGAUUGUAAGAUGGGACCCUAUGUGAAAUGUAUGCAGGCUUGCAAGGUGUAAGCAGCAGGUCCUCUAUUGGACAGGAUGGCCCUUGUCACCUCAAAAUCCAGAAAUAGGUCAGCAAUAUCAAAUGCUUUGUGGGUGAUGCAUAAUGCAACUGUUUUCUCUGCAAAUGAGACUUUUGCUCUGAGAGGAAAACUGCAAAGAGUCUCUCCGAAUUAUCAGGAAACUGUAAAGAGUCCCACCCAGUUAUUAGGAAACUGUGAAGGGUCUCUCCAAAUUAUCAAGAAACUGCGAAGGGUCUCUCCAAAUUAUCAGGAAACUGCGAAGGGUCUCUCCAAAUUAUCAGGGACACCAAUCAGGCCCUGACUGGUGAUUUCCUUACUCUCUUUCCCUGGAAUUAAGGUUGGGUGGAAAUCUCUGUCUGAUCAAAAGGAACGCAUUUAACCAGCCGAAAUGAAGGUAUGGCUGUUGGGUUUAUAUGUGGCCCAUGUCAUUUCCUCAUACAUUUUUACCCAUUUGAUUGCUCCCAGUGCAGGAUGAUUGACUCUGAAAGCUUUAACAGUGAAUGCUGUUUUCUCCAAGAGUGUAAAAAAAUCUGUUAGAAUGAAUAUAUCUGGAAUGUUGGCCGAUGAUGUCCAGGUGAGAGCAAGAGUGCAAGCAGAACAUCAGGAGAACAUUCCUCCUCAAUCUUCUCCAUAAGCUUAGAAUAUGCAAAUC